CAGGUCUUAAAGGUUCAGAGAGGCUCAAUGCUUGACAGUAUUCCCGCACUGCGCAGGAUGUCCCUCACCAUGUCAAUUCCUCUCCUUCGAACCCCACUUUCUCUGUCUGACAUCCUCACCACGGUCCAGCGAAACACUCAUCUUUCUCUUGCAUUUUUACUUGGCUUUUCCUUGCUGCUUAUUGUCAGAUACCACCAGAGUCCUUGGCGCAGACUCCCACCAGGCCCCAAGGGAUUGCCAUUACUCGGUAAUAUCUUCCAACUUGGGCCGAAACAAUGGCUUACCUUUGCCGAUUGGAGGAAGACAUACGGCGACCUUAUCUAUCUCAACGCCGCCGGCCAGCCUAUCCUCGUCCUCAACUCUCAGAAAGCUGCGGCAGACCUUCUCGAUCGUCGGGCAGCAAACUACUCGGGCCGAGCACGAAAUUUUGUCGCUGCCGAUAUUCUGGCAGGCGGUCUACUUAUGGUCUUCAAUCAACACUCCGACAUCUGGCGACGAAUGCGCAAGGCUGCUCACGAGGGCCUUAACAAAACGAUGGUUCAAAACUACAAUCACAAACAGACGAGCGAGGCCGCAUUGCUCGCCUCCGGUAUACUGACGGAACCUCAAUUUUGGGAUCAGCACAUGCGUCGGACAGCCGCAUCCACCAUCAUGUCUGUGAUGUAUGACUCGCCAACAAUUACAUCCGAACAUGACCCUUCAGUAUCCCGAAUCAAUGAUUUUGUCUAUCGCUUGACCCGUGCCGCCCUGCCUGGUGCUCACUUUGUCGAAUUUUUCCCUUGGAUGAUGCAUAUUCCAAGCUGGUUGGCGAAAUGGAAACGUGAAGCUGAAGAAUGGUUCAUUCGUGAUACCAAAUUAUUUGAGGGCCUCUAUCUUGGCGCUCAAGGGGAGGGACGCAAGAGCUUCUCAGGAACACUUAUGGAAGACGACCGAUUCGGUCUUUCACUUCGGGAGAAGGCCUGGCUUGUGGGUGGCAUGUACGCCGCCGGUGCUGAGACCACCUCUGGCGUUUUGGCCUGGUGGAUGCUCGCCAUGACUGCUUAUCCCGAAACGCAAAGGCGUGCACAAGCCGAGUUAGACGCAGUCGUUGGCCGGUCGCGGAUCCCAAGCUUUGCAGACUUCGAUCAUCUUCCAUACAUUCGUGCAAUGGUCAAGGAAGCGCUGAGAUGGCACUCCGUCACGCCCUUCGCCAUGCCGCACCUGGCGGUCGAGGAUGAUUGGUAUGAAGGGUACUUCAUCCCCGCGGGUACGAUGUGCAUCCCCAACGUGUGGCAUAUUAAUCGCGACCCGGAGAUAUACGGCCCCGAUGCGGCGCACUUUAACCCUGCUCGGCAUCUCGAUGCAGAGGGACGUGUUGCGCAAGGCCCGGCGGACACUAAAGAGGAGAGCCACUGUUCGUUCGGCUUCGGGCGAAGACUGUGUGUAGGUCGCAAUGUCGCCAAUAAUUCAUUGUUCAUCGACAUCGCCAUGAUGCUAUGGGCGGCGAAUAUCGAACCUGCGACGGACGCGAGCGGCAAACCGGCACCGUUGGACUUGGAGGGAUGCAUCGACGAUGGACUAGUCAUCCGGCCGGUACCCUUUGAAUGCAAAAUCACUCCUCGUUUCCCAGAAGCUCUUUCUAUUUUGGAAGAAGAACAGGAGAUUCUAGGGAAAUAAUCGGAAAUCUGUCUGCUCUUUCGGACAGUCAUAUCUGUGGGUUGCUGUUCUCGUACUAUCUCCUCAUAUUCGUUCUUCGCCUUGCAUCGAGUAGUCCUUUUUGACUGAUAUUUAGCUUUUGAGAGAUUUUUAUUAGAUAUUUCUUUCUGUCAGAUUGAAUUCAGAGACACUUAAUCCUCAAGCAAAGGACAGUUCACCGCGCUGCUCUUCCCUUCUUAGGCUACGCAGCAAGAUAAUCAAUGUUAUACACUUCCAAGGCUUCCUUUU